AUGUCACUUACGACAACUCGACCACUGAUUCCAGAAUCCCUGAACGAGAAAAAGCGACGUCCAAAAACCCUAGACCAGCUCAUCCACGAGCGUUUAGCCUCCCGACCUAAGAGUCAAUUCGUCCAACAGAGUUCCGAAGAGCAGAAGCGCGUUGAGGAGGCGCAUAGGAACGGGACGCGCUUUCUAGGUGUGAGCGAAGACGCCUCCCGGGUUGCAGCGGAUAUUGUCAAGAAGCAAUGGGUCGAGCAGGGCAUCUGGCGCGACGAAUGGACAGAAACGGCCUUGGUUCCAGAGAAAUGGAAACACGAAGAACCGCUUCAGAUCGAGAUCGAGUCGGAUUGGGACACAGACUCUGGCUCAUCACUUAACCUCCCCCCCGGUACAAGACGGAGAAUUUGGAAGAGUAAGGAGGCGCGGCAACAGAUUGCAGCCCGACGAGCUGUCCUUGAGCGUGAGCGUGAGGCGUCACGGCCUUAUCAUCAAUUUGUCUAUCAAAUGUCGAAAGAACGGGAACGAAUACACCGUAAAGAAAUGGGCCGAGGAGACGAUUUCUCUGAAGACAUCAACUCAGAAGCCUACAAGAUUGUUAGGCAGAAGUGGUACACGCGAAUGAUUUGGAACGAAGAAUGGACCACUAUGCCAGGAAUGUUCUGGAAGCAUGAACAGCAUUGGGAUCGAGCGUUGGCAGAAAGUGGUAUCAAGACCGACCCAUUCCGACCUAAGGAUCCUGAUAGAGCCGGCCCUAUCUUCGGUCUUUUUGGUGACGGAAUGUCUCGACCGAAAUCUUCUAUCGACGUCCAA